AGUAACAGAGGAUAUGCUGAGGUUUCCGUGACGGGGGGAGUCACCUGGGAGAGUGCUCUGCAGCUCCACCAUAUAAGACUGAGCAGAUCAAGAGGGGACCAUGAAGCAGCUCUAGAAGCCAAGAGAGAAGACGGGCACCAAUCAGCGCACUUUACAAUCCCUCUCUCAGACGCUGGACAGACAAGGAGCACAGAGGCUCAAACAAUGAAAAGCACCCACUCUUUGGCUGGACUUCUGCUUCUCAUCAUUAUCCAGAGUAGCUGGCAGGUGCCUGACCAGGACACAGAUCGAAACUCCAUGUUAUUGACCGAAAACUCCGUGUUGCCCGAACCCAUUGAGCUCCCAAACAUGAAGAGACAUUCAGAGGGAACAUUUUCCAACGACUACAGUAAAUACCUGGAGACAAGAAGAGCACAAGACUUUGUCCAGUGGCUAAAGAACUCAAAAAGGAAUGGGAGCCUAUUUAGACGCCAUGCAGACGGCACCUACACCAGUGAUGUGAGCUCCUACCUGCAGGACCAGGCAGCCAAGGAGUUUGUGUCCUGGCUGAAGACUGGCCGAGGCAGAAGAGAGUAGACUCAAACACAGAGCCUCACCAGCUACCUAAAUAAUGCUGUGUGAAUUUUUAUCAACCAUUCGCAUCAUGAUUCUUUUUUUUCCGCAUUUCACAUUUCGGCAUUUUGAUCUUCCUUCUCAUAUAAACUUGUAAGAAUAA